AUGGCAUACUUGGCGAUGGUCGUUCUGUCGCUCCUCUUCCUGAGGACCCGCAGCGUCCUAUAUAAAUCAGUCGUCCCUCUUCCCCACCUCGGUCUCCAGCUUUCCACUACCCGAGGCCUCUCCCUACCACAUCCGGGCCGCCCGCUCUCUGGCUACCGUCGCUGGCUGGUCCCUCUGUCGACAUCACACACCUUCAUACCGCUCUCCGACAUCUCGACAGUGAUCGUCAACGAAGGGCUCAGAAGGUGGAACGUGCGAUACUAUCUCGCUGUGGUCAAGCGACGUGGAGGCGGUGUCGUCGUUGCUCUAGAUGAGAUUUGGGCGCCAGUAGCUGUUCUGAGGGAGGUCUACCAUGGGGUCAGAGAGAGCUUGUUCGACGAGUACGCGGAUCCUCCAUAA